AUGACGAGGUCGACUUUGACGUCGGGAGACGCAGAUCAGUCCAGGCGUCACUCUAGCGGGCCGAGCGGGCGGGGGUCUGUCAGUCCUACCAAGGACAGAGGGAGAAGUAAAGUCCAGCUGGAGGAUUUCGAGUUGAUCCGUGUCCUCGGCAAGGGGUGUGCUGGCCGGGUCCUGCUCGUCCGUCACUCCCGCCAAAACACCGUCCACGCCAUGAAGGCCAUCUCCAAGCGCUCCGUCCUCGCCUCGGACGAGCUCCCACACAUCCUCACUGAACUUUCCAUCCUCAAGCGCUUCGCCAUCUACGAACCCCAUAACGACUUUGUCACCCGCCUCAAUUACUCCUUCACCGACCGCGAGAACUUCUACUUUGUCAUGGAUUUCUAUCCCGGUGGGGAUCUGGCGACGCAGUUGGAAAUGUUUGGGACGUUGGGGCAUGUGCGGACGAGGUUUUAUGCGGCGGAUCUGGUUCUAGGAUCAAAGCUGACUUUCAGACAUCGACACGGCGUGAUACUACGAGAUCUCAAACCCGAAAACAUCCUCUUGAACGCCUCGGGCCACUGCGUCAUUGCCGAUUUCGCGGGAAAGAAACGGAUUGUCAUGGACAGGGCGUGGAGUUUUGUCGGGACGACAGAGUACCUUGCGCCGGAAGUUGUCAGAGGCCAUGAGUAUAGCUAUGCGGUGGAUUGGUGGGGGUUGGGGUGUAUCCUCUUUGAAUGUCUGCUGGGUAGGGUGCCGUUCAGGAAAGACGAUGAUGAGCCACCUGUAAGCUAA